AUGGGCAAAUUCAACCUCAAGAGAGGCGACGACGAAGACGACUCCAGCAAACUCGCGCUAUUCGGCUCCCGGUCCAAAUCCAAGUCUCCUGCUCCUCCCUCCAAUAAUCCAUAUGCACAGCCGGCUAUUCCCCCAGACCCAUACACAAAAGCCAAAAUGAAUGCUGGAAUCAUGCCUCCACCAGACCAGAGAGGUCCUCCGGGCUCAGACCCACGGGGUGGUUAUCGCCCUGGACCGGGGCCUCAGAGCAAUUUCAGCGGUCUGCCCGGACCGGGACAGCAGCGCCCAUCCUAUGGCAGAGACAACUCGUACAGCGGAGGAGGAGCACCCAGCAAGUUUGGACAAGACAACAAAUAUGGCCCUUCCCAGGGUGGUUAUGGCAGCAGUGGCAGCGGAUACGGCGCCGAUAAAUUUGGGAAUCAAAACGGCUAUGGAGGGGGUGGAAUGGGUGGAAAUCCUUACGCCAGCAUCCAACAAACCAGUGGAACAUCCCGACAAGGAGGUUACGGUGGCUUAGGUCCUACCAGUGCCUAUGACAAUGAUACCAAUCGCGAUGAACUAUUCGGUGGAGCCCGAGAACGUAUAGAACAAAGGCAACAAAAUGCGCCUCCUGACUACCAGGACAGUACUGCCAAUGAUGGUCCUGAUCGAAGUUAUGGAACCUAUGGCGACCGCCAGCUUACGGCUGAAGAGGAAGAAGAGGAGGACAUCCAGGCGACUAAGCAAGAGAUCAAGUUCAUGAAACAACAAGACGUGGCAUCCACAAGAAAUGCUCUCCGAAUCGCUUCUCAGGCAGAGGAGAUGGGUCGCAAUACUCUGGCCAGGUUAGGUGCGCAGGGCGAAAGAAUGCAUAACACCGAUAGAAAUCUGGACAUUGGUAACAACCACAUCAACAUUGCAGAAGAUAAAACAAAAGAACUCAAGACAUUGAAUCGGAGCAUGUUUGCUGUUCAUGUCAAUAACCCUUUCACCGCGAAAGACAGGCGUGCACGUCGAGAUGAGCAGAUCAUGGAACGACACCAUGCUGAACGAGAAGCCCGCGAAGCAACUCGGGAGGCUGCUUUCAAGAGCACUCAGCGAAUGAACCAAAAUUUCAAGGGCUUGGAUGAUGCCUCGAGCGGACCUAGAACUAAGGCAAGCCUUGCUGAACGAGCCAAAUACCAAUUCGAGGCAGACAGUGAAGAUGAUGCAAUGGAGGAUGAAAUCGAUCGAAAUCUUGACGAACUUACUGGUGCCGCCAAAAGGCUCAACCUGUUGGCGCGUGCCACUGGAGAGGAGGUCGAAGCACAAAAUCAACUGAUCCAAAACAUUGCAGAAAAGGCGAGUUUCUUGAACAACAUGUCUGUGUCGAUAUUGGCUAACUUUUUGCUACCAGAGCGACCGAUUCGAUGA